CAGGGCCUGAGUCCCCUUUCCCUGCUCUAUGGGUGUACAGGGGUGUGAUGUCCUGCACUUCCCCCAGCCGCCUGCCACCCCCCCAAACCCAUGAGAACAAGCCCCUCUCAUUCUGUGUCCCGUGACUCCAUGCCUGCAGCUGCCUUGUCCACAAGGCAGGAAUCCCCAUUCCUGGAGCAGACAAUACAAAGCCCCCGUCGUCGCCACUCUGGGCUUGUGAUGUUCUUGGUCCCUUAUUCUGUUGUCACAGGGCUAACCCUCCCCACACACCUGGCUGUCCCCUGCCCCACCGCUCUUGAGCUGCGCCUGCCCCUGCCUCUAACAGACAGCUUCUCCGUUCAUCUUAUCUUCUUGGACCCCGAGCCCUUUCUGGGUAACCAGAACGCUCGGAGGCAGCGGCCAGGCGACCCCUAGUCUGCCCCUCUCCCUGAAUCCAGAGCUCUGCAGUCCCAGUAGAGGCAGUUGCUGUCAUUCCAUGGCCCAUGACAGCCCGGCGGCCCGCAUCCCUCCCCCAUGGUCCCCUGCACAGACAGGCCCACGUGUGUCCCCAGAUGCCUGAAUCACUGCUGACGGCUGGGGACCUGGCAGCUGUGGGCUCCUGGGGAGCCACUGGGGAGGGGGUGGUGGCCACGUCUUGCCUCUGAGCGAACACCUGCGGACAUAAAUAGGGAGCCAGCAGAGGCAGCAGCACAGAGCCACCAGGCCGAGCUGCAUACUGGGCCCACCGCGUGCACCAAGAUGCCUGACGCCACGCUGCCUGCCUGCUUCCUCGGCCUACUGGCCUUCUCCUCCGCGUGCUACUUCCAGAACUGCCCGAGGGGCGGCAAGAGGGCCAUGUCUGAUCUGGAGCUGAGACAGUGCCUCCCCUGUGGCCCUGGGGGCAAAGGCCGCUGCUUCGGGCCCAGCAUCUGCUGCGUGGACGAGCUGGGCUGCUUCGUGGGCACUGCUGAGGCGCUGCGCUGCCAGGAGGAGAACUCCCUGCCGUCGCCCUGCCAGUCCGGCCACAAGGCCUGCGGGAGCGGGGGCCGCUGCGCCGCCUUCGGCAUCUGCUGCAACGACGAGAGCUGCGUGAUCGAGCCCGAGUGCCGCGAGGGCUUUCACCGCCGCGCCCGCGCCGGGGACCGGAGCAACGCCACGCAGCUGGACGGGCCGGCCGGGGCCUUGCUGCUGCGGCUGGUGCAGCUGGCAGGGGCGCCCGAGCCCUUCGAGCCCGCUCAGCCCGGUGUCUACUGAGCCCCCCGCCCGCCCCUACAGCACGGACAAUAAACCUCUAGCA